CGUUCCUCAGCGAGCUAAUAAUCGAAGAUAGAGAGGCUAUGGUGCCCUUGGGAGGCCCUAUGUCGAUCUCUCUUCUGAGUUUUAUGGGACUUUUCUCGUUCGCUUAUGCGGGAAAUCCCAAUAAGUCGAUUUCAACCUGCAAGACAGGUUUGUCGGGUUCAAUUUAUGACUUUCAGACGAAGGCCCUUGACGAAAGUCAAGCAUUUGAUUUCAAACAGUUUAAAAACAAGAUCAUUCUUGUGGUAAAUGUUGCGACGUUUUGACAGUACACAAUGCAGUACUUACAACUUAAUGAAUUGAAAGAUAAACUCAAAACGCACCCACGAUGUCCCCUGGAAAUAGUUGGUGUUCCUUGUAAUCAGUUCGGGUUACAAGAACCUGGGGAAUCCGAAGUUGAGAUUUUGAAUGGUUUGAAGUACGUCCGACCGGGUAAAGGCUAUACGCCUAACUUUCCUUUGACCCAGAAGUUAAAGGUGAAUGGGAAAGAUCAAGAUAUAUUGUUUACGUUCCUUAAGAACCGCUGCCCAGUCCCUGACGGUUACAUCGAUGAUAUCAAAUCCAUCAUGUGGUCUCCAAUACGUAACGAUGAUGUCAGUUGGAACUUCGAAAAAGUUCUUAUCGAUCACAAAGGACAGCCCUAUCGCCGAUACUCUUCACCAGUCCUCCCUCAAGAUAUUGCUACGGACAUCGAGCACUUACAGACACAAUGCAAAUUAUUUGACAAGUAUCUCAUUGAGGAGUACCCGCUGUACUAAGAAAGCGACUGAGCAACCAAAUUAUCAAUGACAUUAUGGACUAAUCCCUACGUCAAAACUACGCCAUUCUGGAGAAACGUCAUUUCUUCGUCUUGCGUUAUGUGGUGCUUAGGUCAAAAUACAUUCUCUACAGCCACAUUCACAUUCAUUCUCUACUCAGCCACAUUCACAUACAUUCUCUACAGCCACAUUCACAUACAUUCUCUAGCAAUAUUCUCUUUAGCGACUACUAGUAGCGUUUUACCUGAUUGGCAGUAUAUUUUGAGUCCUCACGGACCCUGAGUUUUUUUAUAUUCACGUUUUAAGACACGUUUGCUAACAAAUCAAUUCUUAAGGAUUUCUCGAUGGUCUUGACUAUAACUAAAUCUUAUUGGAUAAAAAGCUCAGUACCUUGCAUAUUGAUAAUUCAUAGGUGCUAAAGCAUUGCACACAUGAAGAGCCGUUUAUAAACCGGUUUAACAGGUAAAACGAGUUCUGAUGAUGGCACAAACUUGUACUUUCAGGUCUUUUUAUCUUUCAGCCUGGAGGUGAAUGAGUGCAAAGACAAUGCUGCAGUAACUAUGAGUAUUAUUGUAUGUAAUGACGUAGUCUUUGAAAUAAAAUUCUGGUUUUUUAUAGUUA